GUGGUCAUAUUACAAAUAGAGACUGCAGUUCGCCAUUAACCACAUUUCAAGAUCACGAAGAAGAAGGAACUACAAGGCUAAAAUAUUAACUUCAGACGGAUAAAGGCCUAGGUAAAAGGUGACUUUUAGUUAAUGACCGAUACCAUCGAUAUGGAUUACCAGAGGGUGUCUCUUGAUGCCUUUAAUGGUGAUGAGAGUAUUGAACUGGUCAAUAGCUCUCUGGAGACAAAUACCAGCAACCAGGCAACUGAAUUAGAGAGGAAUGAUAUUGUGGAGGCACAAGUGCUCCCCAAAAACACCAAGGGGCGUUUGUACUUUAGCAAUCAAGAAGGCCUCGAUGUCAGCAGGAAUAAAGUGCAAUCCCGGCCAAAAAUUGAUGAACAGAUCAAGGGACACAUGACAACACUUUCAGAAAUUCUUGCAAAUCCGCAGUUUGCUGAUUUCCAUGAAAUUGUCAAAGAAGUCAAUGAAAAACUUUUGGUGGCCAUUGACUAUGCUGCAAAGAAUUCAACUUCCCUGAAUGCAGUAACAGAAUUGUUGGGAUCCUGUUUUGCGGUUGUUCUGGAGGCCUGUCAUGGAGUGGCAGAUAAGUUUGAGCUUUCACAUGAUACUGUGGAGGCCUUGGCAGAUUUCAAACGAUGUGAAAGAGAAAGAUUUGAUCUCCUUAAAAAGACAGAGAUGGACAGAGCCCUUGAAAAGAGAGAGGAAGGAGUUAUUUUACUGGAACAAGCCAUGACAAAAGGAAAGGAAGAUGUCAAAAGAGUACUGGAGAGACAGAAGAGGACAGAGGAGGCACAGACUUUGCAAAAGUUUCUCAAGAAAAGUGAUGAACUUGAUCAAGAAAUUAACAGAGAAAUUGAGGAGCUGAAAUUAAUGAGUGACAACUGUGAAGGCGAUGUAGCUAAAAUAGUUGAAAGCCUAGACACCCUUCAUCAGUCUGCUGAGAUUGCCCUCAAAAAUUACACUGAGAAAGAUAAGGAAUUGUGCCAAAAGUUACAAACUAACAGACAAGACCAAGAGGAGCUGCAGCGACGUUUGAAUGCUCUCAAGGAACAGGAGCAAAGGUUAGAGGAAGAACGAGAUAGGGAAAAGAAAACCCAACAGAAAGCAGACAAGACAGCAGAGGAAGCCGAAAAAGAGUUGGAGAAGUGGCGUCAGCAAAUACGAGAGUUACAAGACAGGUGCCAGGCUGCUCUGCACGUUAUGGAAGAAUUUAAAGAUGGAUCCAGUAAAUUGAUGGAUGCUUCUGUUGAAAGCAAAAGGAAAGAAGAACAUGAACUACACACACUGGACAUCAUGGCUCACAGACGUUUGCGAGAUGCAACGGCAGCGGCUGCUAUUGAAUGCAAACAGCACAUUGAAGACUGCGAUAAAAACCUUAAAUUCCUCAAAGAUACGAUUACAUCUCUGAAAGCAGACAGGAAAGCCAAGGCUAAAAGUGCCUUGAAAGUUGUCGUGGAUGAAAUCGUCGAGAAGUUGAAGAAGUAUGAAGAGUCUUAUUCCGAGUACAAACAAACCAAGGCAGAAAAUAAUCACAAAUUUGGCGUUUACACCAAAGACAUGCAAAACUUAGAUGAACGGCUCACUGUACUUGGAGAAAUGGUGGAGGCAUUUGAUGAGAUAUAUCUUCGAGUGCAGAAGGAAGUCAAUGCACUGUGGGAAGGAGAGGACUUCUCGUCUUUGGAAGACUGAUUUGAUUGCGCCGCUGUGGUGUUCAACGCUUGUACAUACGUUACAUUUUAUAACCAUUACCAUACCUGUUAUAUGUAAACUGCGUCUGAAAAUAAUCGUAUUGCCAAAUGUGUGUGUUAUAGUUAAAUGGUUACGAUCCGUAGGAAAAGGUUACUUGUUGCAUAAGCGGAAAUUGUUAUUAUAAAGUUAAAGUAAAAUAUACCUCCACUGUUUAAACAAUGGAAAAGCAAAAUAUCAGUUCAAGUGUGUAACAAAAGCAUUUGGGUCAGUAGUUAUGUUAGGUUGCUGGGUUCUUGAUAGCUUUUGGGGUAAAUUAAGCUGAUUUAGAACUCUUCGAGUGACUGUCUGCCGCUGUGUGCAGUCUCUCAUAGAGGAUACACAGUAAGUUUAUAGGCUUAAAUUUAAAAUCAGCGAGUUAAAAGUACUGUAUACAAUAACUUCACAAAAAUGUAAUAAAGCUUCUUAUUGACAAGGUUACUUAUUAAAGUGCUGUGUAUUCUA